GAUAGUCUGUGGCGAAAGCAUUUUCCUUUCUUGGGGGCAGUGGUUCCGCUUGGCGCUCGCAGAACCAGAACCCAAUUUUUCUUAUUAUUUGUAAAACAGGAGAGAGAGAGAGAGAAUGGCAAGCGCCCUCUUGUCCACCGGUCUCUUCGUCCCGUUAAAAAAUAGAGGAGAAACUGGUGGGUUCUGCUUGUGGAAUUCCAGGAGCUCAAUUCAUGGCGAGUUGCUUUCCAAAGCCAAUCUAGUGAAGAGGGAAAUUAGCAGCGACGCGAGGGGACGCCUUGUGAUUGCCUCCGUGCUUGGGAGGAAGGUCACCCGGAGAGAGACUGUAGUUCCUGACCCUGAUUAUAGAAUACCCAUUGUCUUACUUGGUAUGGCUGGUGGAUUAGCCUAUACAAACAAUCUGUUACCUGCUGCCCCUGUUGGUCUACUUGGGCUGCUCUUAUUAUUUCAGACUACUAGAGUGAGAUUUGUCUUUGAUGAUGAGGCUCUGGAGGUGAAAGUUGGAGAGGAGCUUCAACAAUCAGGUGAAAAUGUCUUCGUAGGAGGGAAAAAUCGGUGGAAAUACUCUACCUUUGUGAAUUGGGAGCUCUGGUGGCCAAAUUUUCCUGUCCUUGUGUACUUCAAAGAGACACAAACAAAGCCUGAGGGACAAGUGCACUUCUUUCCAGUAAUUUUUAAUGGGAAGCAACUGUAUGAUGUCAUGGUGGAGAGAGCUGGUCCUUCAAAAACAAGCGGGCCAAAAUAAUGCUAAAAGAGUUUAUGCAUCAAGCUAUGCCAUAUUAUGUGGGACUUCAAAUUGACGAGGAAAUGCUUCAGAGUGCUCGGUUAAUUGAAGAUUCACUAUGAGAGUUACGUGAAAGACAGUUUUCUCAUGUGCAUAUGUACCUAUGUAUGUUUUCUUCCGGAAUGGUUGUAGCCAGUUCGAGUUCAAUGUACCUUUGUACAUCACAAACGAGAAAGAAAUCUGUAUAUUUAUAACGCUCCUCUAAUUGUUUACAUGGAUCAUGUCCCCUCGUAUCUUGUAACCACAUCCAACUUUUUUAUGCAUGGAGUUGUCGUGA